ACCAGUCCAGUGCGGAGCGUGGACCCUCCGUCGUCAUGUACGCGCUGAUACUGUUGAUAACAUGUCUCUUAGGGCCAAUACCCUCACACGCCACGAUUGAAAAUGGAGGUGAGGUAUGGGGUUGGCUGAUGCCCCGGGAUCGCGUCCUGGAGAGGUUUAACCAAGUGAGGAAGAUCCUUCUGCCCGUGCCGGAGCAGCAACUGGAGGAGGCUCUGUACCACAUCGGCUCCUACUACAUACCUAUCGACUCUGAGACGGAGAUCUGUCGCAACCACAGCAACUACUUCUUUGAGAGCUUCCUCAAGAAGGACUUCUGGGCGUUGACAAUGAUCGACGCCAGCAGUAAGAUCCCAGCAGGUAUCCUGGAUGGCCGGAUGAUGGACCUCGGCAGCUACGACGAGUGUAUCAGGGCAGAGGAGCCAGAGGGGAGGUUCCGAGGACAAUAUUGCCUAGUAGAAACCGAGGGAAUCCUGCCUAGGGACCUCACUGCCCGCUUGAACCCGGAGAGUCCGUUCCUGGAAACUAUCCGGAGCGACUUGGCGUUCGCAGUGUGUGUUCCGUCCUCCUGUACCGCUAGAGAUGUCAAGGUUCACAUGGACGUCGCUCUCAACUCUGUCAACGCCAGUGCUAUCAUACACCCUCACAGCUGCUCUACCUCCGUACCUCUGCCAUACACCGCUGCCGAGAUAGUCUCAAUAUUCAUCAUUAUUGUCAUACUAGUGAUGAUAGUUCUCAGCACGAUAUACGACUCUAGAUGCAAAGAAUCAGACCGCAACGGACUGCUAGCAGCAUGGUCGCUAGGAGCUAACAUCGGUCAGAUGGUGGACACCUCCACCACGACCGCUGCCAUCACAUACCGCAACGGACUGCUAGCAGCAUGGUCGCUAGGAGCUAACAUUGGUCAGAUGGUGAACACCUCCACCACGACCGCUGCCAUCACAUACCGCAACGGACUGCUAGCAGCAUGGUCGCUAGGAGCUAACAUUGGUCAGAUGGUGGACACCUCCACCACGACCGCUGCCAUCACAUACCGCAACGGACUGCUAGCAGCAUGGUCGCUAGGAGCUAACAUUGGUCAGAUGGUGGACACCUCCACCACGACCGCUGCCAUCACAUACCGCAACGGACUGCUAGCAGCAUGGUCGCUAGGAGCUAACAUUGGUCAGAUGGUGAACACCUCCACCACGACCGCUGCCAUCACAUACCGCAACGGACUGCUAGCAGCAUGGUCGCUAGGAGCUAACAUUGGUCAGAUGGUGAACACCUCCACCACGACCGCUGCCAUCACAUACCGCAACGGACUGCUAGCAGCAUGGUCGCUAGGAGCUAACAUCGGUCAGAUGGUGAACACCUCCACCACGACCGCUGCCAUCACAUACCGCAACGGACUGCUAGCAGCAUGGUCGCUAGGAGCUAACAUUGGUCAGAUGGUGGACACCUCCACCACGACCGCUGCCAUCACAUACCGCAACGGACUGCUAGCAGCAUGGUCGCUAGGAGCUAACAUUGGUCAGAUGGUGAACACCUCCACCACGACCGCUGCCAUCACGUGUUUGAAUGGUCUACGAGUGAUCGCCAUGCUCUGGGUCAUCAUUGGUCACCGCACGCUUCACUUAUUAAGCUUUCCAUCUCUACGAUACCGUGCCAUACCAGAGAUGAUUGACGUGUUGGAAAUGGCUCCUAUAGAGAACACCCAACUGUCAGUGGAGAUAUUCUUCUUAAUGUCAGGAGUGUUGGUGGCUUACGGCCUCUUCCGCUACUUGGACAAGGGCAAGAAGUUCAACCUAGUACAGUUCUAUGUCUACAGAUAUUUGAGACUCACCCCUACACUGGCUGCGCUGGUGUUAUUACAAGCCACCAUACUCAGGCGAGCCACUGAUGGUCCUCUCUGGCGUAGGAUGUUCUAUGACUACCAACACAACUGCCAGACCAACUGGUGGUCUACUCUGCUUUACAUAGCUAACUAUGUCAAUCCAGUGUCUAUGUGUGUUCCUCAGGCGUGGUACCUGUGUGCAGACUUCCAGCUGUACGUGUUGUCUCCGCUGGUGUUGCUCCCACUGUGGCGCCGUCCUCGAGUAGGCCUCACCAUCACUGCAGUGCUAGCUACCCUCACUACAGUUGCUGCUCUCAUCAACGCUUACACGGAGGAGCUCAAGGCUGGAGGAGCUGUCACACUUGAUCGCAGGACGGAGGUAAACAACACCAAAGACUACAUUAUCACCCAUCUCCGAGCUUUCUCAUUUUUGCUGGGAUUGGCACUUGGCUACCUUUUGUUCCUCAUCAAAAAAGGAAAGAUCAUCAUCAAGCUACCUACAUGGAAGCUCUGGGUUGGUUGGGUUGUCUCAGUCUUUUUUAUAUUAUUCAGCAUCUUCUUUGUCAACUACUUCCUGGCUCCCUCGUACGUGUACAACCCCAUUGUAGACACUGUUUACCACAUACUCCACAGACAUCUGCUGGCUCUGGGCUUCUCAUGGAUCAUCCUAGUGUGUACUCUAGGAUAUGGAGGAUUUGUAGACAAGUUCCUGUCUUGGAGAGGUUGGAUUCCCAUGGCUAGACUGACAUACUGUGCCUACCUCACUCAUGUGUUCAUUCAGAACUCACAAACUAACAGCAUGAGGACUACCACGUCUCUGCAUUCCACCUACGUGAUAUAUUUCCUCUUCGCAGCAGACACAGUGAUCAGUUUCCUGUCGGCUGCAGCUCUAUACCUCAUUGUGGAAGCUCCUGUAGCUAAUAUCACCUCUUACUUUUUUGAAGGAAAUAAAAAACCAAAGAACAGUGAAGACACAUCAAACAACGCACCGACCCUUCCUGUCUUCAAAUAUAAAUCGUCUUCGUGACAAAUUGCUUCAAAAAAUUAAUCAGCCCAUUCAGCCCAAUAUACUAGUCUUGGAUAUAUGUGCACACAUGACCAAUGUGAAACUAGUAUUUGCAGACAUCACAUAGGCUACAUGUUAUUUAUAAGUAGACUAAACCUACACCUGAAUACCUGAUGGACAAGUAUAUGGUAUUCAGAUUAAUGUCCAUGGAGUUAGGGGCUCAGUGUGCAUAUUCUCUAAAGUUUACAAACAAGCCAAAAUACUCUUAUUGUAACUGGUAUUGUAACUUGUAUUGUUAUUGUAACAUUGAAAAAUCUUUAAAAUCACUAAUUCUUACAUACCUCAACAACGGUUGAAUAAUUUUUGAGUUCAUUGAUAAUUUUAUUUGAUUGAGGUAAUAUUUAAAUAAAUAAUUAAUUAAUUAAAAGCUAAGUGUUGUAAGAUCACCUCAGCAGCAAUAGAAUGAUGUUUUUACUUUUUUCUCUUCAUUUUAUAAUAAGUUAGAGUGAAGUUUUAGUGUUUUAUGUUAUUUUUUAUAAAUGUUUGAUGAUGUGUACUUAACUACUUACUCAAAUGUAUUUUCUAUAGUCUGUUAGUUUUUAAAACUGGGAUUUUAAUGCACACAUAUUAUAUUUUAUAAAUAUUUAAUACUAUGCACCAAUUUUAAGUAACCAUUUGGCUAUACCACAUUUUUAAACACGCAUAUAAGAAUGCCAAUUAGAUAAUUUAGUUAAUAAUAUCCAUUGUUGAAUCAGGUACAAAUAGAAGAAUCUCAAAAGUGUUAACUCAUAACAACACAAAUUAAACCCAAAUGAUUGAACACUUAAAUUUUAGAGAUAAUAAUUGAUUAGAAACAAUAAGAGGUACUUAAGGAAUUCUUAAUCAAGUUAUUCCUAAAGCUGGGUUUCCUAGGCGCGGAAAUGGUGAGCGGAGAGAGGAAUGUGGAGAGCGGACUCGACUUGUCUUAGGUAGUUUAAUGUUACUGUUUUCCUAGAAGCGGAGCGGAACACCAUGUUAAUCUCUUUUCUGCUCUCCGCUUCCGCGCCUAGGAAAACCCAGCUUAACUGACAGAUAACUGCCUAAUCUAAUAGUUUAUAGUAAGUUUAUUAGUAGUUUAUCAAGCUGAAACAGCUUAUAAUUAUUUAAAUUGCAUUGUACUUCCUAUUACAAUAUGAUUAAGAAGACUAAUCCCUGCUGUUGCAAAUGUACAUAUAAAUAGAUUCACCAAAUGUUAAUUAAAUAUUUGUAAAUAAAUAUUUCUAUAAGAAAAAGUU